GAAUAACAAAUAUUUCACAGAUGCAAAAUUAGAUGAUUCCGGCAUCGGUAAGCAACUUCACCGGACAUCAUCACUCUUUCUCCGAGGACAACUACAACAAGAAGGUAGCUCGUUUUUUCUUGAGUUAGGUUUCUUCCAUUGGCAGCUCAUUAAAAUAUAGUCAAUAUCUUUGAAUCGUUCAAUCACACAAUUAUUCUAGUCUUCUGUGAAUCUGUCAAACACUUAACAAAUCAAUAUUUAUUUAUUACACGAUCUAUCUCUCGACUCUUAGCUGUUCCAAAUCUCAGUUUGUGUGUCUUGUUGUACAACCCCUUUGAUUGACAUCGUUGUAUUUUUGUGUAGAUUGUGAUAUUAUUGUCUGUUGUAUGAAACUAGUGUUCUUGAUGUUCUUGAUUUGAACAUGGAUAAUAAUAAUAAGUAUAAUCCUCCUCCAUACCCAUAUGGUUAUGGCUACCAUGUUCCACCAAAUCAACCUUACCCACCUCCUCCGUCGCAAAAUCAGCCAUACCCACCUCCUCAAAUUUACCCUUACUCGCCGCCUCAAAAUCAGCCUUACCGGCCAUCCUACCAGCCAUACCCACCCCCACCGCAAAAUCAGCCUUACCCGCCUCCACCACAAAAUCAAAAUUACGCGCCAGUUCCACCGCAGUACCACCAGUAUCCGGGAGCUCCUUAUGAUCAGAAUUACCAUUACUCACACUUGUACCCUUCACAACCAGCUCCUUCUGUGAAUCCCCCUAAUUCAGAGUAUAAUUACCAUCAGUCCCCACAUUCGACCCCGCCGCUAUCGCAUUCUAGCUCGGGAUCCUUUCACUACCAGCUUCAGCAUUCGGCUUCUAACUCAAGUUUUCAACACCAGAGUUCGCUGCAUUAUGGUUCGGAUCAUGAAUAUUAUCAACAACAUUCAGGGCCUUUGCUACCUCCUUCCGAAAGUCAUUCUCAUGUGCUCCCACAAAAUAACGAAUCAGUUGGUAGUGGAUCGACAACACCGCAUCCUGGUUAUAGUAAUAAUUCUUCGACUUAUACUUCAAUGUAUCCGCCUAUAGAGGAUAGCUUGAGUCACAUGCAUUUGUCUAGCAAUCAACCUUCUGCUCCUCCAUCUAUGCUAGCACCCUCUGCCCCUACGGAUUAUAAUGGCUCAGCAAGCAGUUUGGGUCAACAUUACACGGGAGCUCUUGUGUCUCAACCACUACACCCAUACUUAGAGCAUUCAAUUUCAUAUCCAUCACAGAGUCCAAAUAUGCAGGUUGUACCUUUUUCUCCUGGUAAAGGUUCUUUGAAGGUGUUGCUUCUUCAUGGAAAUCUUGAUAUUUGGAUUUACGAGGCAAAAAAUCUUCCAAAUAUGGACAUGUUUCAUAAAACAGUAGGAGAUCUGUUUGGCAAGUUACCAGGGAAAGUCAGUACAAUUACGAGCGAUCCAUAUGUCUCAAUAUCUGUUACAACUGCUGUAAUUGGAAGAACUUAUGUGAUGUCUAAUAGUGAAAAUCCUGUAUGGACGCAACACUUUUAUGUUCCUGUGGCACAUCAUGCUGCAGAAGUGCACUUUGUUAUAAAGGAUAGUGAUGUACUUGGGUCCCAGCUGAUAGGUAUUGUAUCUGUUCCUGUAGAAAAGAUUUACUCUGGAGCUAAAGUUCAAGGUCACUUUCCAGUCAUCAAUACAAAUGGUAAGAUAUGCAAGCCUGGAGCUCAAUUAAGCUUAUCUAUUCAGUAUACUCCAAUGGAAAGGCUAGGCAUAUAUCAUUACGGGGUAGGAGCUGGCCCUGAUUACCAAGGUGUCCCCAGCACGUACUUCCCACUUAGGAGAGGUGGAAUAGUAACUCUAUAUCAAGAUGCUCAUGUUGUUGAUGACAGCCUUCCGAAGUUGAAACUUGAGAAUGGCAUCCCAUAUGCCCAUGGAAAGUGUUGGCAUGAUAUAUUUGAUGCAAUUCGUCAGGCUCAACGUUUGGUUUAUAUUACUGGGUGGUCUGUGUGGCACAAAGUUCAACUGGUUCGGGAUCCUUCUGUCACUGGGGAUAGCACACUAGGAGAACUUCUCAAGGCCAAAUCACAAGAAGGGGUCCGGGUACUGCUACUCAUAUGGGAUGAUCCAACCUCAAGGAACAUUUUGGGCUACAAGACAGAUGGGAUAAUGGCAACCCAUGAUGAAGAAACUCGACGUUUCUUUAAGAACUCUUCUGUUCAAGUCUUACUCUGUCCUCGUGCUGCUGGAAAGCGUCAUAGCUGGGCUAGAAAGCAGGAAGUGGGAACAAUUUAUACACACCAUCAGAAAACUGUAAUAGUCGAUACCGAUGCUGGAGGAAGUAAAAGAAAAAUAUUAGCUUUUCUGGGGGGGCUUGAUCUAUGCGACGGGAGAUAUGACACUCCACAGCACCCUAUUUUUAGCACAUUGCAGACAGUGCAUAAGGAUGACUAUCAUAACCCAACAUUUGCGGCAAAUGUUGUUGGCACUCCAAGAGAGCCAUGGCAUGACCUACACUGCAAAAUUGAUGGACCAGCAGCAUAUGAUGUUCUGACCAACUUCGAAGAGCGUUGGUUAAAGGCUGCAAAGCCCCGUGUCACUAAAAAGCUAAAGAUAUCAUAUGAUGAUUCUUUACUCCGAAUAGAAAGAAUGCCUGAUAUCUUGGGGAUGUCUGAUGCUCCAUACCUUAGCGACAACGAUCCUAAUGGUUGGCAUGUUCAGAUAUUUCGUUCAAUUGAUUCAAAUUCUGUGAAAGGAUUUCCGAAGGACCCAAAAGAAGCCACAUACAAGAAUUUGGUCUGUGGGAAGAAUGUUCUUAUUGAUAUGAGCAUACACUCCGCAUAUGUAAAGGCCAUCCGUGCUGCCCAACAUUUCAUUUAUAUUGAGAAUCAAUACUUUAUUGGGUCCUCGUUUAACUGGACUUCAUACAAGGAUUUAGGUGCUAAUAAUUUGAUUCCAAUGGAGAUCGCCCUUAAAAUUGCCAAUAAAAUCAAAGCUCAUGAAAGGUUCGCAGUAUAUAUUGUUAUCCCUAUGUGGCCAGAAGGUAAUCCAACAGGUGCUCCCACACAAGCAAUAUUGUACUGGCAGCACAAAACAAUGCAAAUGAUGUAUGAAACAAUAUACAAGGCUCUAGUGGAAGUUGGACUUGAAGAUGCAUUUUCACCAGAAGAUUAUUUAAACUUCUUUUGUUUAGGGAAUCGGGAAGAAUUUAGCGAAGAAGACUCUUCAACUGCUGUGAGUCCCGGUGCAGGAACGCCUCAGGCACUUUGUCGGAAAAACCGAAGAUUCAUGAUUUACGUUCAUUCUAAAGGAAUGAUAGUAGAUGAUGAAUACGUCAUAUUAGGGUCUGCAAAUAUCAAUCAACGUUCCUUGGAGGGUACCAGAGACACAGAGAUAGCUAUGGGAGCAUACCAACCUCAUCAUACAUGGGCGAAAAGACUUUCAAGCCCCAACGGACAGAUAUAUGGAUAUAGAAUGUCACUAUGGGCAGAGCAUCUUGGCACUGUGGAGGACUGUUUUACAAGACCGGAAUCUCUAGAAUGUGUGAAACGAGUGAAAUUAAUGGGGGAGUUGAAUUGGAAGACAUUUGCAGCUGAUGAGGCUACAGAUAUGAGGGGGCAUCUCCUAAAGUAUCCUGUUGAAGUAGAAAGGAAGGGAAAGGUGAAACCCCUACCCGGAUGUGAAACUUUCUUAGAUGUAGGGGGGCGUAUAGUUGGUACAUUUAUGGGCAUUCAAGAAAAUGUCACCAUUUGAUUUUGAAAUUCACAGAUAUACAACCGCCCUUUUGUAGCAUUUUUUGUUUAGAAAUUUGCAAGACUUGUUAUCUUUUAGAGCAAAUGCUUGUAUAGUUUCUUCAGUCCUGUGGCAAUCAAGUAUAGAUAUUACAGCAUACAUAACAUUUAUAUCAUUUUUUUGGAUUAUCAAGGUAGAUAUUAUAUAAAUUUUAUAAGAAAUGAAUGCAAUCAUUUUAGUGGU